AAAAAAAACCCGGCCUACGAUAUCUUCAUCUCCGCCGUGCUGGAGGAAGAAGCCGAACCCCUGCUUCCUACUCAGAUACGAAUCGGCGGGUGGAUGCGUAUGCGCUGGCGCCAGUCAUUCCAUCUGUGGCGACCCAUUCUGACGUCGGCAAGGAAUUCGACGGUCGUUCCUUGGGAGAUUUCUGUUGCCAAAACCUAGGGCUUGAAAGGAAAACCGACAAUUUUCUGAGAAAAUGGAUGAUUCAUCGAGAAAAAUUGACUUAGACAAGUUAUUUUCCUACAGCGACGACCUCAUUAAAGUACUGAAGGACAAACGGGACAUCAACUGCUUGACGCAGUAUCUAGAACAGUCAAAUUCCCUUUCUUCAUCCUGCAACGCUGACUUCAACGAGGUUCGAUCAUUGCUUGAAGAUUACCAGAAGAAAAUAGACGAAUGCAAACAGAAAACGGCACAAGCUAGAUCUGAGGUUGUUGCAGAUGCAGAACUGGACCUUCUACAGAAAGAAUUAGAGGAAGAACUUGAAAAAGAACGCACACUUGGAGCGGAGCUUAGAGCCUGCAGCAUCGAAUUUAAUGAUCUUGAACAGAAAAGGAUUUCAAUCCUAGAGAGAAAGAAAAAGUUACAGAAACUUGAGCAAGAUGAGCUAAAGACACAGAUGAUGCUUUCAAUGUAUGCUUCUGUCACAAAUAUUAUCCCCAAUUUGGAUGACCAGUCCAAAAUUUCAGGCUAUAUUGUGGAAAAGGAUAAAAACUUAGUAGAGAAGUUUGAAUAUGACCCCUCAAAGAUGACUGCCCUUGAUGUGUGUAAUGAGAUCUGGAAAAUUGUAGGUUCGUAGUAAUUAUCAGGCAUGCUUCUUUUAGAUGAUGUUUGUAACAAUAUAUUAGCUAGUGUCUCUACGAAUCUUGCAAUUUCAUUUAUUUAAUGUUGUGAGUUUUUGGACGUGUCGAUUUAUUAUGAAGGAAUGACAAUCUUGGGAUGGCGUGUUGAUUGGUUGCUUUUGCUUGUUAAAA